CAGGACUCGGAACGCCGCGCGCCCAGCCAUGGCUUCGGGCCCCGGGGAGGCGGAGACCCGGCAGAGGCUGCUGCGCACCGUCAAGAAGGAGUUUCCUUGUCUGUAAAAUGGAUGAUAGUCCCUCCCUGGAAGCCGCGUUGCGAGGAGUACAUGGGCUUGCCAUGUGCCUUAGCUCAGGCUGCCAUCGCACAACACCACGGAUGAGGUGGCUUCAACAGCUGACAAGUCCCGGAUCAAGGUGCUGGCCCACUGGGUUCCCGGUGAAGCAGAUCAUGGAGGAGGCCGUCACGCGGAAAUUUGUCCACGAAGACAGCAGCCACAUCAUCUCCUUCUGUGCGGCUGUGGAGGCCUGCGUCCUGCAUGGGCUGCGGCGGCGGGCGGCCGGCUUCCUGCGCAGCAACAAGAUCGCGGCUCUCUUCAUGAAGGUGGGCAAGAGCUUCCCGCCGGCCGACGAGCUGAGCCGCAAGGUCCAGGACCUGGAGCAGCUGGUCGAGAGCGCGCGAAACCAGAUCCAGGGCCUCCAGGAGAAUGUGCGGAAGCUGCCAAAGCUGCCUAACCUGUCCCCACUCGCCAUCAAACACCUGUGGAUCCGCACCGCCUUGUUUGAGAAGGUCCUGGACAAAAUUGUUCAUUACCUUGUGGAAAACAGCAGUAAGUACUAUGAGAAGGAAGCUCUCCUCAUGGACCCUGUGGAUGGCCCCAUUCUUGCAUCCUUGUUGGUGGGGCCCUGUGCCCUGGAGUACACCAAGAUGAAGACAGCAGAUCACUUCUGGACCGACCCCUCGGCUGACGAGCUCGUCCAGAGGCACCGUAUCCACAGCUCGCACCUGCGGCAGGACUCGCCCACCAAGCGUCCAGCCCUCUGUAUCCAGAAGAGGCAUUCGAGUGGCAGCAUGGACGACCGGCCCUCGCUCUCUGCCCGUGACUAUGUGGAGUCCCUGCACCAGAACUCCCGGGCCACCCUGCUCUAUGGCAAGAACAACGUUCUUGUUCAGCCGAGGGAUGACAUGGAGGCUGUGCCGGGGUACCUGUCCCUGCACCAGACAGCUGACAUCAUGACCUUGAAGUGGACGCCCAACCAGCUGAUGAACGGGUCUGUGGGCGACCUAGACUAUGAGAAGAGCGUCUACUGGGACUACGCCAUGACCAUCCGCCUGGAGGAGAUUGUCUACCUGCACUGCCACCAGCAAGUGGACAGCGGCGGGACGGUGGUGUUGGUCAGCCAGGACGGGAUCCAGAGGCCGCCCUUCCACUUCCCCAAGGGAGGGCACCUCCUGCAGUUCCUCUCCUGCCUGGAGAACGGGUUGCUCCCUCAUGGGCAGCUGGACCCACCACUCUGGUCUCAGCGGGGAAAGGGCAAAGUAUUUCCCAAACUGCGCAAGCGAAGCCCUCAGGGUUCCGCCGAGUCCACGUCUUCAGACAAGGAAGACGACGAGGCCACGGAUUACGUGUUCCGCAUCGUCUACCCGAGCCUGCAGUCUGAAUUCGUCCCCCAGGACCUGAUGGAUGUCUCCGUGAGCCACCUGCCAUCCCUAUGGCAACCCAGUCCCCGCAAAUCGUCCUGUUCAUCCUGUUCACAGAGUGGCUCGGCUGACGGUGGCUCCGCCAAUGGCUGCCACCAUGAGAGGGCUCCACUGAAGCUUCUCUGUGACAACAUGAAGUACCAGAUCCUUUCCAGAGCCUUCUACGGAUGGCUUGCCUACUGCAGACACCUGUCCACCGUGAGGACACACCUGUCAGCCCUGGUCAAUCACGUGAUCGUGUCUCCAGACUUGCCCUGUGAUGCUGGAAGCGGGCUGACGGCUGGGAUCUGGGAGCAGUACCUUCAGGACAGCACAAGUUACGAGAAGCAGGAGCUGCUGCGUCUCAUCUACUAUGGGGGUAUCCAGCCGGAGAUCCGCAAGGCUGUGUGGCCCUUCCUCCUGGGCCACUACCAGUUCGGGAUGACGGAAGCAGAAAGGAAGGAGGUGGACGAGCAGAUUCAUGCCUGCUACACACAGACCAUGGCCGAAUGGCUGGGCUGCGAGGCAAUCGUGCGGCAAAGGGAACGGGAGUCCCACGCGGCUGCCCUAGCCAAAUGCUCAUCAGGGGCCAGCCUGGACAGCCACCUGCACCGGAUGAUACACCGGGACUCCACCAUCAGCAAUGAGUCCUCCCAGAGCUGCAGUUCCGGCCGCCAGAACAUCCGUCUGCAGAGCGACUCCAGCAGCAGCACACAGGUGUUCGAGUCUGUGGACGAGGUGGAGCAGGUGGAGACAGAAGGCAGGUUGGAGGAGAAACAGCCCAAGAUCCCCAAUGGGAACCUGGUGAAUGGCACCUGCUCCCCGGACUCCGGCCAUCCUUCCUCCCACAACUUCUCCUCGGGCCUCUCGGAGCACUCGGAGCCCAGCCUGAGUACGGAGGACAGUGUCAUGGACGCCCAGCGGAACGCUUCCCUGGUGCCUCGACCUGGGGACAGCAGCGUGGAUGAUGGGCAGAGCAGCGAGGCCACCACUUCCCGGGACGAAGCUCCCCGGGAGGAGCUGGCCGUGCAGGACAGCCUGGAGAGCGACCUCCUGGUCAACGAGAGCAUGGACGAGUUCAUGUCCGUCACCGGCAGCAUGGACGUGGCUCUACCUGAGAAGGAGGGCUCAGUGAUGGAGGGCUGGGGGGCCGGGGAGGUGGAGAAGCACAGCCGGGCGGACAGCGAGGAUAACCUCUCGGAGGAGCCGGAGAUGGAAAGUCUCUUCCCUGCCUUGGCGUCCCUGGCCGCAAGCACUGCCGCCAACAACGAGACGUCCCCCGUGUCUUCCAGCGGUGUCACCUACUCUCCGGAGCUGCUGGACCUGUACACGGUGAACCUGCACCGCAUCGAGAAGGACGUGCAGAGGUGUGACCGCAACUACUGGUACUUCACGCCCACCAACCUGGAAAAGCUGCGUAACAUCAUGUGCAGCUACAUCUGGCAGCACAUUGAGAUUGGCUACGUCCAAGGCAUGUGUGACCUUCUGGCUCCAUUACUGGUCAUUCUGGAUGAUGAGGCCCUCGCCUUCAGCUGCUUCACAGAGCUCAUGAAGAGAAUGAACCAGAACUUUCCCCACGGAGGCGCCAUGGACACACACUUCGCCAACAUGAGGUCCCUCAUCCAGAUCCUGGACUCAGAGCUCUUUGAGCUGAUGCAUCAAAACGGGGACUACACUCACUUCUACUUCUGCUACCGCUGGUUCCUGCUAGAUUUCAAACGAGAACUUGUCUAUGAUGAUGUCUUCUCCGUCUGGGAGACCAUCUGGGCAGCCAAGCACGUCUCGUCCGCCCACUAUGUCCUGUUCAUCGCCCUGGCUCUGGUGGAGGUCUACCGUGACAUCAUUUUGGAGAACAACAUGGAUUUCACAGACAUCAUCAAAUUCUUUAACGAAAUGGCCGAGCGACACAACACCAAGCAGGUCCUGAAGCUGGCCCGGGACCUUGUGUAUAAGGUGCAGACGCUGAUUGAGAACAAGUGAGGGCCGCCUCCCCCAGGCAGCGUCAGCAGAGCUGCCACCUGCCUGUCCUGCCCCGUUUGCCUCCCGGCCGCCCCGGGAGCGAGGUCCUGUGUCUGUUCAUGAACGUGGACUUCUGUGCUAAGAGAAACUGCCCUGACUUUGGCUGCCAGGCAGGUGGGGUUGAGGGGUUGCCCCCUGAAUUCAGCCUUACGUUUUCUUGUUUGACCAAAGAUUGCCCACGUCUGGGAUUUCUCCCUCGCGGGAGUAGCUGAUGGAUGGAGAGAACAUCUUUGUUCCAGGUCUCCAGAAGGGUCUCUGUCUUCUUCUCUCCCCUAUCCCUCCAAACUGACUUGUUGGGUGAGACUUGGGGAGGGAAGCUUUUGGAAAUUGACGUAGGAGAGGUCUAUGGGGCCACCUCAGUACUCUGAAAGGGGCGUUUGGAGGUGCUGCAGAACGUGGCUGGGAGACUGGCUUGGAGCAGGCAUUCUGCACCUCAGCAGGACUGACAUUUGAGCGGGGUCAUUGUUUUCUGAUGGGAGCCGUCUUGUGCACUGCUGGGGGGUAUUAAGCAGAAUCCCUGGCCUCUACCUACUGGAUGCCAGUAGCAGCCCUCCCACCCCAGUUGUGACAAGCCAGAAUGUCUGCCGAUAUUGCCAAAUGUCCCCAUUUGGGACCCACUGGCUGAGCCAAUGAAUGUCCCAACCCUCUCUCUCUACCUAAGCCGCCUGUGUUCUGAGGCUGCCCCCCAUUUAGAAAUGGCACACGGGCGUCCCACACACCUCCCCUUGAGGUUUGGGAAUCCGUUUGUUGUAUUCUCUCAUUUUCCUCCUCCGCCUAACCCCAGAAGAGACUUCUUUUCUUUUUUUUUUCAAGAAAGACGUCUUUCUGAGAGGGCGGUGGAAUCCAGAAGUGUCUGUAGGUGUGGGAUAGUCCGAGGCCCCUCAGGGUCUGGGCCAGAGCCCCUGGGCAGGGCAGACGCCACGUCCCCUUCCUGUCCCUGGGGCAGACCUCGCCUCUGUGCUCCAGGAGCUCAGAAGGUGUGUGUUGGUCAGGGACGCCAGCUUUUCCCCAAGUGGCCUUGCUCACUCGGGACAAAGGAGGCGGAAGAGGAGGACAGAUUGCAGCCAGCGUUGAUGUGUGUGUGUGUGUGUGUGUUUUCCUUGGGUCGCAUCUGCUGGUGAACUUGCUCCCAGGUCAUGGCUAGGUCUGGAAACGAUCCCCUCCACGUCACAUAAAGGGUCACCGAUCCACAGACAUCCUGAAUGAGCUAGUUCACCCUGCCCACCUGUCCUCCCAGGAGAGCAGUCCUGCCAACUCCUCUGUUCUGAGGGUGCGCCAGAAUUGGGAGACACAAUGAGUCAGGGAGGAAUGCUCUUCCCAGGAUGGCGGGCAGGACUUGGGAGAGGGCAGGAAACACGUAAAGCACACUGAGGAAUUCGCAGAGGGGCUGUGUUAGUCCUCCGCCCUGAGCAAACCAGGACCGGAGAACUCCCUGCCCUGCGUGCUUGGGAAGGCCCGUCCCUGCGUCACAGCGCCACCAGCUGCAUCUCAGUCCCCACUUUCCCCCUAGUGGGGCCUCUUGGGCACGAUGGACAAAGCCCAGGUGGCCCUGGGUUCCGAAGAGAAUGCAUCUUCUCACUGUAGUCCCCCAGCUUCCCGAGAUGGGGAAAAAGUGUAUGAAAGGCCCCUGCAGAGAAGUGUGUUUUCUCCCUCAGCUGUUCACUACAGAAGACAUUACGUUAGCAAGGCCCAGCCCUAGACUUCUGAUUCUCCUUUAUUUUUUUGACAGACUAGUCACAGAGUACAGCACAAGAUCUCUUCUCUGCCUUCUCUCGUGGUGUUCCAGAGAAACAUCCUUGGUUGUGGUUUGGAAUAACUCAUAUUUAUUCAGCUUCCUAUGCUUGUUCAGGUCUCUGUGUGCUGUGUGCGUCCUCAUGUACUGGAAUCAAAUGCGUGGGAGUCGUUCUCUCUAUGGAGUGCCCGCCUUUUCUCAGUGUUGCCAACAUCUCUCGUAACUGUUUACUAAAGAGUUGUGUCUAUAUAGAGAAAAUAUAUAUAAACAGAGAUAU